AGUACGAUCACUGAGGAAGAUCAAACGCCCAUCACUAUAAACGUACAUCACCGGAAACACCAGUUCCUUAAAACUCUUCACUUUCCUUCCCGUUAAAAACCGCCAUGUCUGAAACCGGUUACCCUGGACACCUAAACCCAACAGCUCCGAUGUUCUUACCGGCGAACCUAAACCCAGUUCCUUUCUUUAUCCCGACAAGAAUCUACCUCCCUCUUCCUCCUCCCCCUCCACCGCCGCCUUACCCUCGUUUCUUCUCUUGUUUCGCCGGACCUCUCCCUCCCGCUCCUCCUCACCUUCCUCCGUCGUUGUCUAUACCGACAAGAACCCUAGUGCUGUUACCAGUACCAGCUGACGUCAGCGAGUCAUCGAUUCGUCGGGACCUGGAGGUUUUCGGCGAGGUGCGUGGCGUCCAAAUGGAGAGAGCGCACGAAGGUAUCGUGACCGUUCACUUCUACGAUCUGAGAAACUCGCAAAGAGCGCUUAGGGAGAUACGCGAGCGCCACAUGCAUCAGCAACAGGUCCGUUUCGGACGUGGCUACACGGCGGCGCGUGGGCUCGUCUCGGGAAGAACCGUGUGGGCCCAUUUCGUGUUUCCACAUUUCAGGGCGGUUCCCGAGGGGAACAACCAAGGGUCGCUUGUGAUUAUGAACUUGGAACCCACCGUCUCUUCCGCAGCUCUCCGUCAGAUUUUCGAGGCUUACGGGGAAGUGAAGGAGUCAAGAGAGACGCCGUUUAAAAGAGAACAGAGAUUCGUUGAGUUUUACGACGUCAGAGACGCGGCAUUAGCUCGCCGAGAGAUGGACGGAAAAUCAAUCGACGGGAAACCGAUCGUUGUACAAUUUAGCCGUCCAGGUGGGUUUAACAAAAAGCUCAUUCUCGCCGCACGCUUCAACAAAGGCUUCCUCUCCAACCAUCACCAUCCACCGCCGCCACCACCGCCGCCGCUUUUCCGUCGUCAAGUUCCAUCUCCGGCGAGUCAGUUAAGAAGACGAGGCCCGGUUAAGGGAAAACCGGUCAAACCCAACUUCUCUACCGGUGAUACUGACCGGUACGAGCAAAACAAGAAGCGGUCUAAGAUGCAUACGACGAAGAAGAAUAGUAUCAUCGAUACUCGCUUCACCAUAAGCGAAGACGCCAUUGCUGAGUCUAGAGACGGUCGUACCACCGUGAUGAUCAAAAACAUCCCGAACAAGUACACCCAGAAGCUGCUUUUGAAUAUGCUGGACGCACAUUGCAAUGACUGUAACGAAGAGAUCGUCAGCGAAGGGAACCAAACGCCCAUGUCGUCUUACGACUUUGUCUACCUCCCAAUUGACUUCGGCAACAAAUGCAAUGUGGGAUAUGGGUUUGUGAACAUGACAACACCUGAAGCUGUGUGGAGACUUUACAAGGCCUUUCACAAUAAUCACUGGAGACUUUUCCAGUCGAAUAAGAUCUGUGAGGUCACUUAUGCUCGAGUCCAGGGUCUUGAGUCGUUGAAGGAACACUUUAAGCACUUAAAGCUGCCAAAAGUAGAAAUGGAGUACAAGCCGGUGAUUUUCUCCCCGGCGCGUGACGGGCGGUUGCUGACGGAGCCCAUCGCCAUUAUUGUUGACCCCGGGACCAGACCAGUGGAAGAUAGCUGUCCCUCUCGUGACGAAACUGUCACAUCUUGUUCGUCUUCGAUUGAGAGAAGUGAUGGUUGACGGCGGCGUUUCGGAUGACGAAGGCGAAACAGUAGUGAAGAUUUAAUGACGGUUUCGGCUUUUAGGCGGCGAUCUAUAAAUAUGUAGCUGUAUGGAUGUCUUUUCAUCUCCUCUCUCUCUCUCUCCACUUUUCUUCUGUCUUUUUUUUUCGAACGACUUCUUUCUUUUGGAUGUUUUAUGUGUAAACUUCGUUUAGAGCAUUGACAUUAUGCCUA